AUGUCGACACAACUGUCGCAGUCGGCCACGGUCACGAUGAAGCUGUACGAGGUUUACGAUGUGGACAGCGAAAGUCAGCCCCUCGUGAACCCCAACUGGAUACCCAACUUCGUUGUUACGUCGGACGAUGUAUCUGUUGUGCCACCCGCUGAAGUGAUCUACGGAGCAGUAUCCGGUGAAGUGCCCUCUAGUUCGAGUGGGUCUUGGGGAUCGUCCACGAAUGGCAACUGGGCAUGGUCAGCGAGUGGCUCCGACGCUGCAGGGGCGUUUUCUGGAGACGCGUGCGCUAGGUGUGCCGACCUCCGACAGGCCUGCUUUGAUGACAUGGAGUGUCAGUCAGCUAUCGGUGAUUAUCUGCUGCCAACUCUAGAGACUAUGAGCUCCUGGGACACCCCUGACGGGUUUUCGUACGAUAUGUCUAGCCGGAUUCUGAGUAACGUUUUCGGUCAGAUGCAGUCGUCGGGGCCCAAGGGGAAGUUGUUCGCGCUGCUCACCUGUAGCGCAACAGAGUGGGCCUCGACAGCAAGUCAAGAAGGAGUAUUCUGUGCCCAGCUGCAGGCUCAUACAGAAUACCCCGACGUCAACGUGUCCCUCGAGAUUAUCCCGGCAUUCAGCGUGUUCCCCAUCAGCCAAGGCCAGGGAAGAACCAUUAACACGCCCCCAGGCAAUCUGCUGUAUCCCGCUGGCACCCCCAUGUACUACACCGACAACGGCAAUGCUGCAGAGCUGGCCGACUUCUUGGAGAACCAAAUUCUUGGCGGAUACGACAACUCGGGCGUAAGGGUAAAGGUCUCUGCUGAUUUGAACUCGGGGAUGUGCAACAUCAUUUACGACGGGUUGACAGCCCCCUCAACGCCAUAUAUCGAAGGCGAAGCGAGCUCUUCCACAACGCAGUUCAAGUUCUUCGGUUCGACACCUGACUUGGUGGGCAUAUUCAGACCGUGGAUGCAGUGGCUUGACCCCACACUGUCCAAGUAA